UGUUACUUUUACUUGAAGACCAUGCCAUUCAUCGAGAAGUCUCAUGAUCAGCCUUUGCAGAAUAAAGAUUGCAUUACAAUGUGUUAAUUUGCACUGCUUCUUCCUCUUGUUUCAAUUUGUGUUUUUGUUUCCAUCCAUUAACAGAUCAGCACACUUCAUUCUUCACAUCCAUUCAUUCAAUCCUCUCGUGUCUUGCUCCCCUCUCUCUUGCUCUCUCUCCCUCCCUCCUCAUAACCUCCUUUUCUCAUUACUUCUCUCUCCUCCCUUCUCAACAACAGCCAUAAACUGACUCGAUACUCUCUCUUUACCGAGGGGCUCCUUUCCGCAAUUUACUUGUUGAGCGGCAACUGAAUAACUGAAAUAAACAGAAAAAAAAUAAGCAACUUCUAUUCUUGUUCCUGUCCCUCGACCUGGAUCUGGAUUUUAGCCUGAAUAGCACUCCUUAUGGCCGACAUUGUCGUCUACGAGGAUUCGCCUCUGGCCCAUUAUUUACAAGAGAUACAAAGUGAACAGCAUGGAAUGGAUUUGCGGCACACUGCAAUGCCUGUUCAUGAUCCUGACCCGCCCCCAGAACCUAUCGGACUUCGUCUUGCACAUAAUGCCGCCGACAUGUUCACGCAUCUUGUAGAGUAUUUGACGCACACAUUUUCGUCUUCUACAUCGGACACUGAGGAUGCCGAGUUUGAAGAGCGCUUCAAGUACUUUAUCUGUACUUCACCAUUUCUCAAUCGAGCAGUAACAGUGCAUGCGCAUGAGCGUGGUCGCCGCACAGAUAUUCCUAUGACAGUCGAAUACACAUAUAAAUUCAACCCCGGUCGGUUUGGAUAUGCCUUGGGCUUUGGUACUUUGGUAACACUUGUGGCUCGGUCAGUCCUGAAUCGGACCAGAGCAGGAAGGAUAUCGUGGUUGAGGCCGCUGCUCAGCCGACCAACCGCUGUAUCCCUUGCUUUAGCAUCAUCUGCAUGGAUUCUUCGGAUUCUGCAACGGAGAAACAUUCAGACUACCCAAAACCAGGCACUCCGAUCUCUGCAACUUCUUGUCAACCACUGCCAGUCACUUGACGCCAAGGUCAAUCGAGCCAUCAUGGUUAUUCAAGAGAUCGAGCUCGUCUCAAGAGGUUAUCGACUAUCCACCCCUCUCGCCCCCAUUUCGCGCAUCGAGCAAGCUUCCAAGACACGUCGUUGCAAUAUCGUGCGCGCACAGCUGGUGGCUGCCCUGGCCAAAAGUGGAGCUUUGUUCCAGCGCUCUACUGAGACACUCCAAUCCCAUAUUGAUCACAAAAGGCUUAGUACCCUUUUAGAUAUGUAUAAUGUCACACCAUCACCACGGCCCGGCUCACCUGGAGGAGGCCUUGAUGGUGAAAGUCCGAUUACACCUUGGCCCCAUGAACACCACCAUGGUUUUGCUACACCACAUGGUCAUGAUACCAACACUGUGACUGAAAACGACCGCUUAAUUUUAACUUCCUCGCCUACCUCAGAACAAUAUCCACCCUUGCCUUCAUCGUUUUCGAAUCAUAUCCGACAAAAUUCGUUGUCUAAACGACGCAGCCGUACAAUGACAGGAUCUUCAAGACAGAACAGCAGACCCAGUAGUCGCCAUGGACAUAACAAUAUAUAUCAGUUGAAUAUUGAUGAUUCAUUGCAUGCAUCUGAUAAAAGGACUUCUCGACGACAUCAUACUUUAUGGUCAGCAUCAGAAGGAGAAGAUUCUGACAAUGGAACAGCCUCAGCCACGAUUUCACCACGCACAAGCACAUACUCUACUAAUAACAACAAUCCUAAUGGCUCCCCAACUUUGACAGGGGGUUCGCUAGAAAUGACCUCAUUGGAACAACUGAGAAAAAACUUUCAGCGGAUGCACUGUCAACGACGCGAGUUUCUCUGUGAGCUACUGUCAAUCCGUCGCAAGAGUCGCAAAGGACGUCAAGGAUUGAAUGCUUUGAAAGACUAUGAUCAAAACUGGACAGUCGUGCGAGAUGUGCUUCAUGAAGGUGUUGUCGGAAUCGAAUCUGUUGUUGAUGAACUCAGCAAAGUAUUGGACUCUGAAUUAUAUACCCUGCCUAGAAUUGAUACUCAAAGCACCAAAGGUGGAAACACCGUUCAGGAUAAGCAAUUACAGCCAUUUGUACAGCGUCUCGCGCUCUUGGAGCAUCAUGUUCGCGGCGUACAGGCCAAACUAUUUAUCUGUAAUGAGGACAUUAAGGAAACGAUUAAGCAAGAGCCAGCAGAUGCGGAAAAACGUCAGUUACUGGAAUUGCAGUUUGAUUCAAUCAGUCAGGAUAUCAGCAUGAUGGCUACGGAAUGGCAACUCGGGAAAAUGGCACUGAACAACGUUUUUGAGCCGUCACCUGCAAGAUCAAUGGCGGAAGAGCAAGGAAAACAUGAUAAUAACCUCGACGGUUCGGAUCGUAACGAUUGUGAUGGAACACACGGGAUCAUGAUACCUGUCACUGACUCUGUAGAACAUUUUGAGGAUCCACAGCAUCUUAUGUAUUUGGCAUCUAUGCGCGAAGAAACUUGGGAAGCUUCAACAGAAACAGAAGCGGGCGGCAGCGGGGAUAUUUCUCGGCGGGCAGGUUUUGUUGGAUCUGAUGGUAUGAAGAUGACUCGAGCUGAGCGGAUAAAGCAGCAAAAGCUAUUACGGGAACAGGAAGAGUUCCGGAAAGAACAGGCUUAUGAUUCUACAAAGAUGGUGCAUGAGUUGAAAGAUGUCUUAGGACGUAGGCGACACCUGCGUGAGAAUGAUGGAGAUCAACAACGGCCUGUAUUACCUGUUGCCUCUUCAGAACGCUUGAUAUCUACUGCAGCUCCACCACAAUCGUCGUCAACUUUGUCAUCGCCAUUACCAUCACCGUCACCAUCAGCAUCUUCACCACUCUAUAAUCCCUCUACAGCAGGUUAUUUCCUGACAACUCAAAUGAGGAAAGUAGAUGGAGAUCUACAGCAACUCUCGCUGGAACAAGAAUUGUUGUCGCCUUCGUCUUCUAGCUCUUCAUCCCCCAUACCACUGCCCCAUCAUAUAUCCUCACUAACUAUCAACACAUUUGGAGCCAUAAAUGGAACGAACUCAUUUACAAAAACAUUAGAGCAGGAGUUGGCAGGCAAAAUUGAAGAUUCAUUCGUUGAAAUUUCAGGCAUGGGUGAAGCAUCAGAGGAAGAAGAGGCGACAGAAGAGGAUGUAGUACGAUCAUGAUCUGAGCAUUCAAAAAAAGAAUAACAGCUAAUGAC